CUACAGUCAGAGCGAGGCGGGAGUCUAGGCCUCAGCCUCCAUUACUAGGCAUAAUGAAGCCCGGGCGGGGCGCGAUGAUGUAAAAGGGGCGGCGGCGGCGGCCCCUGCCCAGCUACUAGCGGCCCAGAGCCCCGCACUCACCGUUUGCCCUCUUUAGGGCGUUCUCGGGCCGCUGAAAGUAGACCGGCAUGAUGGCGACGGCUUCUCCUCACGCGGCAACGAGCCCCAAGGAGCGCCCAGCCAGACAGCAAGCGAGGUCGGAAAAGGACGGCGUCACAUGACCCACACGCACGGACGUGUACGGAAGCGAUGGCACCUCCCCUCCGGGUCUAUGGACCCAAGCUUGGAGACGCUGAACGUUAGAAGACCGCAUGUGUGAGGGGGUCCUGCGGAAAGAUCGCUGUUCUGCCAUUCUCUUCGGGAAACACGAGCCGGUUGCUUAUGGUCUGGUGGUGAAGAGUUCGAAUCCAGUUUUGCUCAUGGUGUAGUCACCAGUUUAAUCCUGCGCUUCUUUGUUGGUUAGGUGGCGGUCUGUGGUGUUUAGGUUACAGCUCUGCUUGCCAGUGUGUACUGUGGUGACCUGAAAGACCCAGGUUCAAAUCCCUAUUCCAACUAUGGAGCUCUCAAAGUGACUUUAAACCAAUUGCUGUCUUUUAGUAUAGCCCACUUCACAGCCUUGUUGUGAUAAAUCGGAUGCGUCACCUUGAGCCCACUGGAGGGAAAAGGACAUAAAUUUGAUAAAAAAAGAUUCCAGUGGAGAUGCUCUGUGGGUCUGGUGUUACCCUUCUACAACAGUUGAAUUAAGGGGCCUCUUGUUGAGGAAAUGCUGCCUUACAGAUGAAAGCAAACAGCUUCACACUUUCGUAUUUGGUCAGUACAGACUGACGUGGUUUUAUGUUACAACUAUGGAAGUUCCAGAUUCUUCAGCCUUGAAAAAGGUGACCCAUUUUUCCAUUGUCCUGACUACCAAAGAUUUUAACCCAGAGAAAUAUGCAGCCUUCACUAGGAUCCUCUGUAGAAUAUAUGUGAAAUAUGGUAGUCCUGUGAAAAUGAUGGAGAGUUAUAUUUCUGUCCUGACAAAGGGGAUCUGCCAGAGUGAAGAAAAUGGCUCUUUCCUAAGCAAAGAUUUUGAUGUCAGAAAAGCUUACCUUGCAAGCUCCAUCAAAGAUAUAAUAUCUCAAUUUGGAAUGGAAAUAGUCCUCUUGUAUACUGCGCUCAUGUUAAAGAAAAGAAUUGUAGUAUAUCACCCCAGAUUAGAAGCUGUCCAGGAAUUUACAAGGGCUCUACCGGCCUUAGCAUGGCACCGGCAAGAUUGGUCAAUCCUUCAUUCAUAUGUACAUCUGAAUGAUGAUGAACUGGAAGCAUUAAAGAUGUGCCCAGGUUAUGUUGCUGGAUUUAUAGACUCAGAAGUGAGCAACAGGCUAGAUCUCUAUGAUGUAUAUGUCAAUCUGGCUGAAAGUGAAAUCACCAUUUCUCACCAAGCAAAAGAGGCAAUGACAAUGGGGAAACUCCACAAAGAAAUUGGUCAGUUCAUCAUUCAGUCUGCAGAAGAUCCUGACAAAUCAAAUAGUCAAGUUGUUAAGGAUAUUUCAGUGAAGACAAAAGAAAUCUUGACGAAUCUGGCCUCGUUCACAGAGGUCUUACACGCUGAUGAGAAGCCAUCACUUAAUUUUGAAGCACUGAAGCAGAAGCGAUUUCCCCCAGCAACUGAAAAUUUCCUCUAUCAUUUGGCAGCUGCCGAACAAAUGCUUAAGAUCUGAUACUUUGUAUAAAAUGCUUCAAAAGGAAAAUCCUCUUUGCCAUCAUACUUUUGGGUAUCCCAUACCCCCAUGUAAAACAUUUGGCAGAGAAUAGUUUUAUCUUUCUGGAGGGAGUAAGAAUGAUACAGGCUUGAGAUGAAGCUCUGCAAUGUGUAGUGGGAUACACUUUUUAAAAAAAUUUGACUUAGGAUUUUCUACGAAAUGAAACAGAUUGUUGUUUUUUUAAAGGCAGAACAAAAAGACAGCUUAUACAGAGCUCGUGAGCUCAUGAUUGCUAAAAGCAUCAUGUUCAUUAAGGUGGAAUAUUUGAUAUGCCCUAUUAUCAUCAUCAUAGUAUAAACAGGAUACUUCCAAAACGAUAAUGAAAAUAUGAAAGCCAUUAAAACAAUGUAACUCAUGUCUUAUGUAAGCUGUUUAUUGCUGAUAACCAACCUGAGUCCAUAGAGCUGUACACAAGUGCCCCCCUCUUUAAUGCCCAUGGAGGAGCAGGAUUAUAUACACUAGCCACUGAAUGUUAAUCCUUCUGCUGGCCACCUGUCUGGUGGCUAGGCUUUUAGUGUUAAUGAUAGAGCUCCUAUACCUGUACAGCUUUUUCUGAUGACAUAUGAACACAAGGAAGAGUCCUUUGUGUGUACAGCUGUAUAUGUGUGUAGGGUGCUUUCUUAUUAAUGAUGUGUGCAUCAGCCUGAUUCCCCACCAAAAAAACCCCAUUUAUUUGGUGGUGGAGCUGAAAGGUUGUGUUAGCAUGCUUAACUCUAUUUCCAGUCUUAAAGGAAAAGGGCCAAACUACACUUUAUACACAAAUUUGUGUAUUGAAAUCCACAGCUGCUCCAUCUAGGUAAAAGGAGCUGCAAGGGAUUAUAACCCCCCCCCCCGAAACUUAACUCCAUCCCCUAUGGGGUGUCAGGCAUGUUUGCAGGAGCGGACAUGCAUCUGGAACUUGCCAGCAUGAAUAUUGGCUAGGAAAUGGCCUUCCCUAGCCAUUUAAUCUGCUGAAAAUCUGCCCAAUUGAAAUCGCUUUUUCCUUUGAAACAGCUG